GCUCAGACAGUGAGCAUUUCCCGCCAGACGAGCUGGGCGCUUUGCUGUGUGAGUCCUGGUCAUGGCGGAGAUAUACGAAAGCCCGCGGGUCCGUAUUAAUAGCAGCAUGCUGGCUCAGCACAUAGGAAAGCCCGUGUGCUUUGUGGGCCGGGUGGAGAAGGUUCAUCCUUCUGGAACAUCACUUGUACUGUCAGAUGGAGCUGGCAAAAAUGCAUCUGUUGAACUUUCUGAACCAUUAGAUGAAGAACUUUCUGGCAUUGUGGAAAUUGUCGGAAAAGUAACUCCAAAAUCGACUAUAAUGGGUAUAUCAUAUGUCAUAUUUAGAGAAGAUGGAAGCACAUUUGAUUUGGGACUUUAUGAUGAAGCUUUGAAAGUAAUCCACGACUUUCCACAGUUCUACCCGUUUUGAGGAAUUUAACAAUAUUUGUUUCAAGAUAACUGUACAUUUUUGCUUUUCCCAGUAAAAUAUUUAUAAACUUUA